AUGGAGAAGAUGUUUAUCCAGCCCAAGACGUGGGAAGAGGCUCUGGAGUUCUGCAGGGAGCAGCACACUGACCUGACCAGCCUGCUGUCAGAGACGGAGAUGCUUCUGGCCCACAGGGAGAUCCAGGAGCAGGCCCAGACGGCGCUGGUGUGGACGGGCCUGCGCUUCCUGGGGGACCGCUGGCUGUGGGUGAACGGGGACCCUCUGGACUACCAGGCCUGGCCCCCUGGUGGAAGGCACCAGUGCCCAGCUAGAAACCUCCGCUGUGGGGCCGUGGGGACGGCGGGACCCUGGGAGGCCCACGACUGCCAGGAGAAACUCAGCUUCAUCUGCUACUGA